AUGCCUAUCGCUACGGGUACCAUUGAAGUCAUAGGCUUCCUCAGUGAUUUGAUAGCCUCGUUCACAAUCGGCGGGAAAACCUACAAAUUCCACGCACCUGCGCGGGAUGUCGAGCUUUUUGUCUGCAGCAAUGCUACGCUCGACUAUCCCGCACUCGAGGUUUUGGAGGGAAAACUGUCGUUCGAUGCCACGCUUGGAGAAUCGUCCAUCUCCGUCACCAUCCAUGGACCAGGCACUCCAGGUGCCCCCAUCAAGAUAAAUGGUCCCCUCGACACGCCUGUCACUAUGCCUCGCCAGUUCGGCGGUGAGGGCACCUGGUCCUCCUAG